CCGAGUGCAAAUUUCAAGUCACUUGUAAGUGAAAGACUUUGAAAAAUGCGAAUGGAAAGAUGCGAAUUGGAAUGUUACAUCGUGGAUUGAUCGUGCAACAAUACUGGAGAUUGGAAUCGUGUCAAGGUAGCAAGCGCUGCGUAAUCAGUGGUGAAUUGUCAAACGUAUCGUCACGACAUGCGAAGCGCCUGCAAUUAAUCUCAUCUCCCAUUUCAUUUAACGUACCUUCGCCGGCCGAUUAAUUCCAGAAGAAGUUUAACAACAACGAUGAGUGCCGCGCACGGAAGAAACACACGUCAUCGAAUAAAAUUUAUAAGGUCCUGUAAUUUUGUAAUCCACCACAGAAGAUAAAUACGCAACAGUUUGCUUGGAAUUUCGUCUUUUCCAGAGAGCAAAAAUUAGUAACGAAAAUUAAAUUUUUGUACAUAUUUUACUCGAUUGCACUAAAGAAUCGACUUUGGAUAAAGACAUAUAUCUAAAACCUGAGACAUAUCGAAGCAUGUCGAGCGAAGAGAGCAGAAGGUGGUCGACCCUUUGAAAUCACAAUUUACUCCCACCGGAAUCGAGAUGGAUCGGAGUUUUAAGAACAACGCGGACUUCAAGAUGAAUCAACAGAACUUUAAACUGAGCGACUUCGGGAUCGACGUGAAAUCCGGCCUCGAGUCGAAGACCGCCGGUCAGAGCAAUCAGUGCAAGGUUCGACGAAGUGCUCAGGUCAGCCAGCGGAACGCGCACGUGCAGCAGGUUGCGAUGAGCUCGGGAAGAGCGCUCGCCGCGAGUGGCACGAAUCUGUUGCAGAUCGCGUGCAAUCGUUCACGCGCCGGUCCACCGUGCAACACGCCGAUGACGUCCAGCAGCAUCCAGCACAAUUCGAAUCAACCUGGACAGAUGCAGAAUGCGUCGGUGACGGACCGAUUUCAAGCGUCGAGUCCCGGCAACCUGUCUGUAACCAGCUCGAUCGUGCAACUCAGCUCGUCGCCCAAUUAUUGGAAACAGUACGGGGGACAGGAGAGUGGGGUAAAUAUAUCAGAGAGGAAUUGCACUGGGCGUAAACGUGAAUUGUCGACUGCCGUUAAAAUCGAGGACAAUAAGCGAUAAGCAGGGAAAUUAUGCGGCCUGAUUAUCAUCGUCGUUUAUUGAAAUGGGCUAAUUUAAAUUGUCAAUGUGCGAAUAUAUUUUAUGUUUCGCAUUGGUCGGAUAUAACGGUAUAAUAGCUAAGACGCGCUUAACCGCCAACGAUAAAUUUCGAGAAUUCCUAUCGAUUGCGGCAUUGUACUGACCAUGUCCGCGAAGGUGUCCGGCAUGUGUCCGAGAAUUCCUCGGCUCGUAAAUUCUAACGCGAACCGGUGU